AUGGAAGAAAUGUUUGUUGGAUAUGGUGCUCAAAAUUGUGAUGGACCACAGCAAAAGGGACCAGAAGGAAACUCAUUAGAUCUUAAUAAUUUGCCUGAUGACUACUCUAGAGAUGGUCAACAACUCAAGAAUAGGACCUCAGCUGGUAGCAACAAAAAGGAAAGCGGCGAGGAUGAUGGAAAAGACGAGUGUGGGAAGGUCUACGAGUGUAGAUUUUGUUCCCUUAAGUUCUGCAAGUCUCAGGCUCUUGGGGGACACAUGAACCGACACCGUCAAGAGAAGGAAACAGAGAAGCUGAACCAAGCACGUGAGCUGCUCUUCAAUAAUGAUCCUAACCUUGCUGCUGCGCAAGGAGCUCCUCACCUAGGGUACUGCCAACCAAUAGCACCAGGGGGAUAUCAUCCACCUGGCAACAUGGCAGACCCAACACUGCCUCUGAGAUUCCCAGGAUACAUGUCUGGUUCAUCUUCAACUCACAUACAACCACCCCCACCACCGCCACAGCCAUAUCAACAACCAUAUCUAUAUGCUUCACCCGCACUUCCCAUGUCUUUUCCUUCUCAUUUCCCUCAGCACCCGAUCAAAGAUUACCAUGUGACGGGUCAUGUCAUGAGUAGCAACCACCAGCAUUAUGGUCACCACCACAACAUGAACUAUGCAGGAGGUGAGUCUAGUUACACUUGCAUAGGAGCACCGGUGGGACAAGGGUUCCCGGGAAGUGGUGUUAAGGACAUGUCACUGCAGCAUCAUUUGGAUCCUUCUUCAGCAAGGAUCAAUCGGUUUCAAGAUGGUUUCUAAUGAGAUUGUUUUGUGUAUUAUCAUAGAAAAACAUGAUAUGAUCCAGAGAGAGAGAGAGAGAGAGAGAUAGGAAGUAAAUUAAGAAGGUGGUGACAAUUGACAAAUGGGGUAAUGAGUGAUGAGUGGAGGAGUGAGGACAGUGGUGGUUUUUGUUUAUCAACAGUAACUAGGGGUCAGCUUUUGAGAUCAUUGACACGCUCAGCUAGUUUGGCUUGGAGCUGUUUAAGAUGGUCACUCUUUUGACAACAAGUUCGA